AUGGAUCGUGCACUGGCGACCGACGAGCGCAAUGACGGUCCCUUGCAUGUCUGGCAAUCUCUAGUCACCCAACAGUCUGAGUUAUUCAACGAAAUAGUCAUCGAGAAUGAGCAACUUCAUAGCCGGGUCCAAGAGCUUGAAAGAGAAGUGUCUGUUUGGAAGCAGGGAUAUAUCAACGCAGAAAAUCAAACGGACUCGCUGCAGAAGGAUGUGGCCCACUUACAGCGGAUGAUUGAAUCACUAAAAGAAGAUAACCCGUUAAUUCUUGCGCUCGUGGACGGUGACGGCAAUAUCUUUUCCGAAGACUUGCUCCGUCAAGGGCAGGCCGGAGGACGAAAUGCGGCUCUGAUGCUCACGAAAGGUCUAACCGAACAUACAGCGACAGUUGAUGCACGUAUAUCUGGCCGUGCCAGAGUGUGGCUCACCGUAUAUUGUAACAAGCAAGGCUUAUCUGAUACAUUAAUCGCCAACGACGUUUGUACAUCGGAGCAGUUUGAAGCCUUUUCCCUGGGCUUGAGUCAGGCGGCUCCUUUAUUCUCGAUAAUUGACGUGGGCCCGGGUAAAGAGGCAGCGGACGCAAAAAUAAAAGAGCACCUGCGUCUAUUUACUCGCUUUCCACAGACAUUCUUAGUAUAUUUUGGCGGCAAGUCAUUCGUUCUACUGUAUCGUGCCAUUCUGACAUCGUAUGAAGGCGCUCAUGACAAUGGCUAUACGUCCACUUUAGCUUCACUGCAAAAUGAGGGCCUUCUCGACAAAAUUGUUCUCCUUAGGGGCUAUAAAGACCUGGCCAUAGAAUUGAAACAUCUGCAGCUCCCUGUUGUGGAAGUGGAAGGUGUUUUCAGAUCGACCAAAAUGCAAGGUCACACCAGACAUGGUUUACAAAAGCUCGCUACCAGUAUGACCUCCAAAAAAUCUAAAUUUGGUACCGACAUGAAUCUUCUCAUAAUAUCUCAUUUCAUUAAAUUCCUCUCUGAACAGCCGAUCAACAAACAUAAACCGCCGUGUACGUUUUACUACUUAGGGUUCUGCAAGCACGGUCCUAAGUGUAUUUUCGGGCAUGAUUACACCCUGACUUCGAGGGACCUCAUCAAAAUGCGAGAGAAUUCUAAGAAAUUCCCAUGUGCAAUAUUAAACAAAGGGAAAAUUUGCCCUUCGGGAGACGACUGCAUUUCUGGUCACUUCUGUCCCCGUGGAAAUAUCUGUUCUUUCUUCAAAGAAGGCAAAUGUAAAUUUGUCGGAAAGGACAUGCAUUCAAAACCUAAAUUUUCAACGUCUUCCGCUCCAAGUUCGAGUACAGCGGAUACAGGCGCUGACGAUACUUCGUCCCAAAAUGGCACUGGCACACCGUCAGAUGUUUUAAUAAAAUCUUUCAAUGAAGUCUGGACCUACAUCUUAACUACCGUUUUCUGUACCGAGCAUCUGUUGCAGGGUGACGAGACGCGCGGUCGUCACAAACACGAGAUUAACCACGUGUAUGCUUUUCCUAGACGUCACGAACUGUCACGACUUUUUUGGUUCCGCUUUCUUUCGACGUCUUUCCUCUUCUUCAUUUCUCAGAAUUCUGUUAUCAAAUGGUUUCAGCGUACGAGGUCCAGCGCAAUGCUAACAUUGAAAGGUUUGGAGAAUCGAGAGCUUCUAAAAUCCUUGGGGCUGGAUACACCGAUUUUUGAACCGAAAGAAAAGAAAAGGAAGCCCAAAGCCGUGCCUAAAAAACGAAAGGCUUCUCAGCUAGCUAACGAUCAUGAUCAGCCCUCUAAAGUCGCUAUAGUCGAGGAUAAAACCGACGUGUCUCCAUCUGAAAGUGGCGUCCGUCGCAGUGCACGUAACAAAGGCAAAGCGGUGGACUACAAAUCGGAGAAAACGGGAGAAAGUCCUAUGCCGAUCGCAUUUCGUGCUGGUAUCAGGACGUCUGGCAAUGAAGGGCCUUUAGGUAGUGGAGAGGGCGCGCAACGAAAACACAAUCCAAAAGUCUAUGGGUCUAUCCCUGGAAUUGAAGUCGGGACGUGGUGGGAGACAAGGCAGGCUUGCAGUAUUGACGCCAUUCACGCGCCUUGGGUUGGCGGCAUAUCUCCAGCUAAGGACGGGGCCUAUAGCGUUGCCCUCAGUGGCGGAUAUGACGAUGAUGUGGACCUUGGCUACGCUUUCACUUACACUGGCUCUGGCGGAAGGGAUCUCAAGGGAACUGCCGCACAACCCAAAAAUCUUCGAACUGCAGCCCAAAGCUCAGAUCAGGAUUUCAAUAACAAUUUCAAUAAAGCACUCAAGCGUUCUUCUGAGACCAAAAAGCCUGUUCGGGUCAUUCGUGGAUAUAAACUACGAUCACCUUAUGCCCCGAGCGAAGGAUACCGUUAUGACGGCCUCUAUCAGGUGGAAAAGGCGUGGAUUGAAAAGGGUCUUAACGCUGGAGGCCACCUUGUCUGUAAAUUCGCAUUCAAGGUCAACCAGCUUUACCCCACCCGUCGUGACACAUCUGAGGAUUCCGCUGAAGUCGAUGACAAACAAGAUGAUGCUGAAGAGAGUCUGCCUCGUGAAGCAGAAGAGGAAGACUGA